CGUGAAGUUGCCCACAAAAACAAAACAAAACAAAAAAAAGAUAAACGUUAAGCUUUCAAGCUCUAUAAAUUCCGCAGUAUAAUAGGCCGAGGUAUUCUCUUUGUAUGAGCUGUUUAUACCUCUUUUCCAUUCAUUCUGCUUAUAUAUUGAGAGCGAGGGAGAGAGGGAGAGGAAGAGAGGGUGAGAGGGAGAGAGAGUGUGAAAAUGGUGGGGCAGUGGAGGGAAGAAGAUGAUGAAGAGGUGGUGAUCAGAUGCUACGAUGAUCGUAGAGACAGAAGUGAAAUGGAGUGUGUGGAGAAAAGUUGUGAGAUUGGUCACGACCAAACUUCUCUCUUCACAGACACUUUAGGCGAUCCCAUAUGCAGAAUCCGGAACACUCCUCUAUUCACUAUGCUGGUGGCAGAAGUUGGGAACAAGCUGGUGGGUUCCAUACAAGGCUCAGUAAAACCAGUUGAGUUUGAUGAUAAGUCAGUGAAAGUAGGUUACGUUCUUGGUCUCAGAGUCGUGCCACCGUAUCGACGCCGUGGCAUUGGUUCGACUCUAGUAAGAAAGCUUGAGGAAUGGUUCGUGACUCACAAUGCUGACUAUGCUUACAUGGCCACCCAAAAGGACAAUGAGGCAUCUCUCGGUCUCUUCGUUGGAACACUUGGUUAUGUCGUCUUCAGAAACCCGGCAAUACUGGUCAAUCCGGUUAACCCUUAUCGGUCUUUGAAACUGCCUUCUGAUAUCGGAAUAAGGAAGCUAAAGGUGAAAGAAGCUGUGUCAUGGUACCGGAAACACGUGGCAUCAACGGCAGAUUUUUUCCCGGGCGACAUAAACAGAAUCUUGCGGAACAAGUUAAGUAUCGGGACAUGGGUGGCUAAUUACAACAAUGACGAUAACAUCAGAAGUUGGGCAAUACUUAGUGUGUGGGACAGUAGCAAAGUCUUCAAACUUAGGGUCGGAAAAGCUCCUUUGAGCUAUAUGCUUCUCACCAAAGUUUGCAACUUUCUUGGUAGAUUCUUGACGUUCAUUGGAUUAACGGCGUUACCUGAUCUGUUUACUCCGUUUGGGUUCUAUUUCCUCUACGGGGUUCACGCUGAAGGUCCGUUGCGUGGGAAACUCGUUAAGGCUCUAUGCGAGCACGUUCAUAAUAUGGCUGCGUCAAAUGAUGGUGGCGCGUGUAAACUCGUGGUGGUAGAGGUCGACGGAGAAAGUAACGUCCAUGAUGAUUCUCUGAUGAGAUGUGUUCCGCAUUGGAAAAUGCUUUCGUGUGAAGACGACACAUGGUGCAUCAAACCGUUGAAAUGCACGGAGAAGAUGACUAGUUUCAGUGAAAUUACCAAAGUGUCAUCGCGGUCUCUCUUUGUGGAUCCAAGAGAUGUGUAGCUAAGCUAGCUAAGAAAAUUGAUUGCUUGUUUAACUGAUCAUUUAUCGAAAUUUAUCUCGUAAGGAUAUUGAUAUAUAGGAUUAUUAAAGAGAUGAUGCAACUCCGUGACUGUGUUUAGUGAAAAUUUGAUUUUUGGCUUUGAUAAUUCUCACCUUUUUUUUUGUUUUGAUUCUGUUAAUGUUCCUUUACUUUAAUGAAGAC